AUGGCCAUCCUCGCAACCUUGGCCGCCAUCUACGGCGGCACGGCUGUUACACUCGGUGCCUUCGGUGCCCAUGGCCUCAAAAAGCGCAUAGCCGACCCGCAACGCAUCCAGAACUGGGGCACCGCCGCCCAAUACCAACUCAUCCACUCGGUGGCCACGCUGGUCGUAGCUUCGCUGGCGCCGCAAACGCGGGCGACCAAGUGGGCAGGCGGUUUUUUCAUCGCCGGCAUGACGAUGUUUAGUGGGAGUAUUUACCUGCUCACUUUGGAUCCCCAGAGGUUCAAGGUCAUGGGCCCGGUCACGCCGCUCGGCGGACUGUGUUUAAUUGCUGGAUGGACAGCAUUGGCUAUCGGGAGCCGGGGGAGAGUUGGACUGGGCUCGUUGGGCGGGAGGUAA